GUUGAUAUUGAUCAAUGAAACAAGUGGAUACGAAUAUGAGUGAGCUUGGUUCAGAAAGAUCAAAUCCAUGGAACAUUAUUCACACAAGUUCAGAACCUAGUCCUUCCCAAACACAAGUAAACAGAGAAGGACAAUGGAAGAAUUUCGGGACAUCAAUGGAUGCUAUUUCUUUUGGCUUUGUUGCUACAGCUAUACUCAUAUCAAUGUUUCUCAUCAUGGCCAUAUUUGAACAUCUCUUCAAGCCUAGCCCCCCUUUCUCUUCGCCUCUAGGUAGUAGUAGACACAGUUCCUUGGAGUUGGGGCCUAUUCAGAAACGCGCAAGUUCACAAACAGUACCAACGCGAUAUUCAUCGGAUUAUACAGUUAUGAUGCCAGGACAACAGUAUCCUACCUUCAUUGCCAAGCCAACCCCACUGGCUUGUCCAAGGGAAGGGGUUUAUUGGCAUUCCCAUGAGCAUAGUUUUCCCUUCUCUUAAUGAUCCUAAAAGACUAAUUAUUGUAUUAUCAUAUUUAUGAAUCCUAAUGUGACCAUCAAAAAAGUUCACCAAUUGCAGAAUCUAUUACUCUCUCACCAUGCUCAGACCUGUAAAAUUAGCUGUCGGGCUAAAACUGAAGUUUUGCACAUUGGGAAGAAG